UUUAUCACUUUAGUUGCACGUGUUCGCUUCUAAUUGUUUUGUUUUAUAUAUGAAAAAUGUAUUAUUAGUUUCAAAUUGAUUAUUAAUUCUGAGAGCGGUGAGUAGUUCAGUUGACCCGACUUAACCUCGUGUCGUGUAUACAAACAAUAAACCACUUUAGUGAAAUAAAAUGAAUUUACUACCAAAAUCUCACAAAGAGUUCAGUCAGAAGGAAUACUGGGACUCUUUUUUCAAGAAACGGGGCGCUAAAGCCUUCGAAUGGUACGGUGAAUAUCCGGAGCUUUCAACCCACUUGCACAAAUAUAUCAAGGAACAAGAUGACAUUCUCGUCACGGGUUGCGGAAAUUCGACCCUCGGACGCGACUUAUACGACAUUGGUUACCACAAAAUCACCAACAUCGACAUCUCGCAAGUGGUCAUCCGCCAAAUGCUAUCCCAAACCGAGAAAGAGCGCCCUAACCUCAAAUACCUCCAAAUGGACGCUCUAGACAUGUCUUUCAACGACGAAAGCUUCACGGUCGUUGUCGAUAAAGGCACUCUAGACGCUUUAAUGCCCGACUCAACCCCCGAGACUCUCACCAAAAUCGAAACAUACUUCACUGAAGUCCAACGAGUGCUAAAAUUGGCGGGUCGUUACAUUUGUGUGACCCUAUUGCAGGAACACAUUUUGCAAGCUUUGUUGGACUAUUUUCCGAAUAAUAAUUGGAUGUUCCGGGUGGUGCGUUGUUUCGAAGCCGAGAACAAAGCGAUCGAGAAUGGGGAAAACACAAUGCCUGUGUUUGUGGUGAUUUGCACAAAAUUCAAGGCGCUACCGAGGCGGAUUUUGGAGGUUAAUUUUAGCACUGGGGAUAAAAUGCAGCGGUUUGAGACCACCGAGGACGUGAUGGUGCACGUCGCGAACGUGCAACGAGCGGCUUUCGUGUGUUCUAGUAUCAAAAGGACGACGAUUCAAGAGGACGAGAUUUCGCUCGAUUUGUACAAGGGGGAGAUUUCUAAACCCAGGUUUACGGUCUACGUGGUUGAUAUUAAGCCCGAGGCGAGCAAUGCGCAGUACGCCGCCUUCAUAGUCCCCCAGGGCAGGGAGGCGGAGUGGCUCUUUUCCACUAAGUCCGGUCGCCAACACCUAACCAAAGUCACUAAAACCAACCGGUUGGCAAUCGUGACAAUGCACCGCGGCCACAACUUCGGUACUUUCGAGCAAGUCCAAACCGAGUUGAACGAAACAGUCUGCAACCUCGCCCCCUCCUCGCUAAAAAACAAAAAAAUCCCCUACUUGUCCCUAGGUUCCGACGUCGGCUCGCGGUCGAUUAAAGUCGAAGGCAAAUCCGACUUCUCGGGUCCCUACGUGGUCGAAGAUGUGCAGAUCGACUCAAACAAAUUCCGGCGCCUGUUCUACUUAAGUUCGCAGCUCGUCAUCCAAUCAGAAGCCAAAUUAAAAACCAUCAAAACCAAGAAAAGUGCGAAAGAGAUCGUGGACUUGACGCACUUGACGUGUCGCCAUCACGUGUACAUGAGCGUGGCGGCGCACUUAGCCACACGCAAACGACAACCCAGCUCGGUGGCGGUGGUGGGGCUGGGAGGCGGCGGGUUGUGCUCCUUCUUGUACAAGUUUCUGCCGAAAACGCGAAUCACGGCUGUGGAUAUCGACCCGGAGAUGCUCGAAGUGGCGACGAAGUGGUUCGGGUUGGUGCAGAACGAGCGGUUGAAGGUGGUGAUUCAAGAUGGCGUGGAGUUUUUGGGGAAAAUGGCGGCGGCGGGGGAGCGCUGGGACGCGGUUUUGUUCGAUGUGGAUAGCAAGGAUAGCAGUAUUGGGAUGAGUUGUCCUCCGCAGCAGUUCCUGGAGGAGGAGGUGCUCGAUAAUGUCGCUAAAUUGGUCGCCGAUUCAGGGUUUUUUGUGUUGAACUUGGUGCUUCGUGAGUGCAGUUUGAGGCCCGCGAUUGUCGAUAAAUUGAGGAGGAAAUUUAAAACUGUCGUCUCGUAUAAACUGGCUGAAGAUCUUAACGAAGUUUUGGUUUGUGGUGGUGAGAAGGUGGAUUUUGGUGACGUGAAGAAACGGUUCGGCGAGAGUUCGAGUGACAUUAAUGCUUUUUUUAAGAGAAAUCAGUUGGGUAGUGAUGGUAAUGUACACGUCGAGGAGUUUUUGAAUAAUUUAAAUAUUUUAUGAUAAA